GAGAGAGGACAAGAGUAGCGGGGGGGAGUGGGGGGGAGGUAUUGCGCCUUUUUCCCAAAUCCAUUGUCAAUACUAAUUCAAAUUUUGAAGAGACAGGAGACGGUUGUUUGAGAGAGAUCAAACGUUCAAGUGUUCUCUUAUUUCUUCUGAAAAAGAAAAGGGGAUAAUAAACUCUCCUGUUUCUCAUAUUUUCCCUUGGAAAAUUGAAUCUCAUAGAAAGGAGUUGUUAUUUGUGCGUCAGUGGGUGUGGUUCCGUAUUGAAUUUGAUAAUGGAGGGGAAAGGCACAAUUGGAUCAUGCUCAAAAGAGCACCAACAGAUUUACAAGGAGUGGUUCAACACAGCCGAUUCAGAUGGAGAUGGGCGUAUCACUGGAAAUGAUGCCACUAAGUUCUUCUCUAUGUCCAACCUUUCUCGCCAGGAACUCAAACAGGUUUGGGCACUUGCAGAUACUAAACGGCAAGGAUUUUUAGGAUUUACGGAGUUCAUUGCUGCUAUGCAGCUCAUUUCUCUGGCGCAGGCAGGACAUGAGAUAACCUCGGAUAUCCUUAAAACUACUUCUUCCAUGGAGAAUAUUAAACCUCCACUGAUGGAAGGCAUUGAUACCUUGUUAAAUGUUUCAACAAUGAAUAGUGAGCCAGAAAUCAAUGGAUUUGUUCAGCUACAAUCAUCAGCAAUGGCUCAACGGUUUAAUUCGAAAUCUUCAAGAAAGAUGCCACUUGUUGCAGUUACAUCCAUCAUUGAUGGCUUGAAGAGACUGUAUAUUGAAAAGCUAAAGCCUUUGGAAGUUACCUAUCGUUUUAAUGAUUUUGUGUUUCCCUUAUUGACAAACAGUGAUUUUGAUGCCAAGCCUAUGGUUAUGCUUUUGGGUCAGUAUUCCACUGGCAAAACAACAUUCAUAAAACAUUUACUUAGAUGUAAUUACCCAGGAGCUCACAUUGGACCAGAGCCUACAACUGAUAGAUUUGUUGUUGUAAUGUCUGGAUCUGAUGAGAGGAGUAUACCUGGGAACACUGUUGCUGUUCAUGCAGACAUGCCGUUUAGUGGCCUGACAACAUUUGGAGGGGCAUUCUUAUCAAAAUUUGAAUGUGCACAAAUGCCACAUCCAUUGCUAGAUGAAAUCACAAUUGUUGACACCCCUGGAGUUCUGUCUGGAGAAAAACAACGAACACAAAGGAGUUAUGAUUUUACUGGUGUUAUAUCAUGGUUUGCAGCAAAAUGUGAUCUCAUUCUUCUUUUGUUUGAUCCUCAUAAGCUUGAUAUAAGUGAUGAGUUCAAGAGAGUAAUUGCAUCUUUGCGUGGUAAUGAUGACAAGAUCCGUGUUGUUUUAAACAAGGCAGACCAAGUUGAUACACAACAAUUGAUGAGAGUUUAUGGGGCACUAAUGUGGUCACUUGGAAAAGUUUUAAAUACUCCAGAAGUUGUGCGUGUUUAUAUUGGUUCAUUCAAUGACAAGCCUAUUAAUGAAGAAACUGUCAACCCAAUGUUCCGUGAACUUUUUGAAAAAGAACAGGAUGAUCUUCUCAUGGACUUGGUUGAUAUUCCUAAGAAGGCCUGUGAUCGCCGUAUAAAUGAGUUUGUCAAGCGUGCUAGAGCAGCUAAGAUCCAUGCCUACAUGAUUAGCCAUCUUAAGAAAGAGAUGCCUGCCAUUAUGGGGAAGGCUAAGACUCAACAACGCCUUAUUGAUAAUCUUGAAGACGAAUUUGCAAAGGUCCAGAGGGAGUUUCAUUUACCAGUCGGAGAUUUCCCCAAUGUGGAUCAUUUCAAGGAAGUGUUGAAUGGUUAUAGCAUUGACAAAUUUGAAAAACUGAAACCUAAGAUGAUACAAGCUGUUGAUGACAUGCUUGGCUAUGAAAUCCCUGACCUCCUGAAAAAUUUUAGGAAUCCAUAUGCGUAAAUGAUUAUGGUUGCAAGUGAGAAAGGACAGUGAAACAUUCUAUGGUUAUUGUUCCUGCUAUAUGGUGUUUGUUUUGAGAGUGAUGGGAACUUUGGAGCAAGAUAUUCGAGAUUUGAGUGGAAUGAUAAUUUCAAUUCCUUGGUAAUUAAUUUUGGUUGUGUUAUUUUAUUUA